AUGGGCAAGAAGCGUCGUAACGAUGAUGACGACGAAGAAGAGCAAGACGACGAUGAAUAUGACAAGAGAAGUCGAAAAUCAGGAGGACCAAGCUCAUCAAAGUCUGCGCAAAAGAAGACGAAACGUCCAGUCAGUGAAGACGAAGAUGACGAAGAAGCUGAUGGAGGCGGGAGAGGAUCUAAAGUAGAGGGAUUGAUACGAUCUAUUCCUGACCAUGAAAUGGACGCCUUGAUUUCUGGUGCAGUCAGAGUAGCAUUGAGUGCUGAACAUGCUCGCAGGGCCUUCACAAAGAAGGAGAUUAGUGAAAAAGUGCUGAAGGAACGAGCCAAAGCCGUCAACCACGUAUUCGAAGCCAUGCAAAAGAGGCUCAAAGAUGUAUUUGGCUAUGAUGUCAAAGAGUUGGUACAUGUUGAACGACAAAAGAGUUUUGAUGAGCAACGUCGAGCAUUGGCAAAGGCCAUGAACAAGAAGCAAGCCAACAAGAACAAAACUGGUCAAUUUGUCCUAGUCAACAUGAUGACUCCUCAUCUCCAAAACCCAUUGGCAGAAGGCUUGAUUGAAGAGGGAUACGAUGUCAAGCAGGACGGUUUACUCACUGUCAUCUUAUCUUUGAUUAUGGUGUCUGGUCGUGCUAUCGACGAAAAAACUUUGGAAAGCUAUCUCCGCAAAUACUUUCACGUCUCGUUGAAGUCAAAGGACUCUGAAUUGGGACUCGUCUCAGAUGUGCUUGUGAACUACACCAAGCAACGGUACCUGAUACGAAUCUCCAUGCCUAGCGCUGAAGGUGAUGUGGUUGAAUAUAAAUGGGGUCCCAGAGCUAUUGCAGAAAUCCCAGAGAAGAACAUGAUCAAGUUUAUUGGAGAUAUCCAUGAUGAUGUAGAUGAUGCUACCAGAAGGCAUUUGGAGUCAACCAUAAGGACUGCUGCAGAAAUUGAAGUGCCAGAAUAA